AUGCGGUCGCAUGAUAACGCGUAUAAGGUGAGUUGAGCCAAUUUUCCAAAACGCAGUCGAACAAUUUUCCAGGGAUUGCUUAUUUUCUCGGUCCUGAUUGAUAUUCUUCUAUGCUCCGCGCUUCUAGUUUCACUGAUUUUCUAUUUUCACAAUGGAAAAUAUUUCUCUACUCAUUAUAUAAUCGGAUUUGCCACGUUUUUCAUACUUUUCCUAAUUUUCCUCAUAUCCUUGGGAGUCGCUUUGAAAACCCGGAAAAUUCCGGCCAUUCUGACUACUGUAGCAGUUACUGUAGCCAGGUUCUUAAGCGCCAUUAUAAUUGUAAUCGCUUGGAUGUCAGAUUAUCAAGGAAGUUCAGAAGAUGAAGUUGUGAAAUCGAAUGAGGAAGAUCCAUAUCGUUGGAUUUCGAAUCGUAAAUUCUAUUUGAUUAUUUUCACAGUGAUUUAUAUUCCGAUUUUUUGCAUGCAACUUUAUGUGCUCAAUCGGUGAGAAUCUUAAACUUCCAAUUCAAAUUCAAUAUUUGAAUUAUUUUUCACAGAUACUAUUCUCAAUCCUCUUCCAACUCAAGAAACACCCCAAAAACCUACACAACAACACUUCAUUUCAAAUGA